AUGUCUGAUUUCUGUUGUUGCAUGUGUACAUAUACAUCCACUUCUAUGAUCGAAUUCAAGGCUCAUUUCAUUCGUUACCAUAGGAAUGAUCCAAAUUUCCUGGUUGCAUGUUGUUUCAAUGGCUGUGGUUUUUCUACUAAAAGGUGGGGUACAUUUCGAGUCCAUUAUCAUCGCAAACAUGGCAACACUAACAAUAAUAAUGCUAAUGCCCGGGAUAUUGUGCAAAAUGAUCACGGUGACGUAGAUGAUGAAUCAGCCGAUGAAAUAUGGCAAGAGGAGCAGGCGACCCCCUUUGUAGAUGUACAAAAAAUUAAUGCUCAGUUCACUUUGGCAUUGGAAACGAAGAAUCAACUAUCUAAAGCUUCGGUUGAUCGUGCCGUGAUAUCAUCCAGUCAUUUAUUAACCGACCAUUUAAAUAAUUAUAAGGUAGUCAUACAAACUCAUUUGCAACAAGAAGGAAUUGAUGCUUCUUUUCUCAAUAAUGUACAUUAUUCUCCAGGUUUAGAGGCUCUAUCGUCUAGCAAACAGAGAUAUAAUUAUUAUUUCAAACACAUGGUAACUUAUGUUAAACCUGAGGAACUCUUGUUAGGAAAACGGAGAAGAGUCGUAAAGGGUGUUAUCAAAACAAUAUCAGAUUUCGGGUACAUAGUUCCGUUCAAAAAGAAUUUAGAAAAUCUUUUGAAUAUGCCUGAAAUGUUUAAUUUCAUUAAAACGCCACAUAAGUCUCCCGAUGAUUUUGUGCACGAUGUAUGCGACGGGGAAUACAUACAAGGCAACACAUUGUUUAAUGAUCACCCGAGUGCCAUUCAGAUAGCUUUAAGCACCGAUGACCUUGAAAUUGUCAAUCCUCUUGGCACAAAUAUAAAGAAACACAAGAUCUCUUUAUACUACUUUUCUAUACUAAAUAUCCCUCCUCAAUUUAGAUCCAGGAUCAACUCAAUUCAACUUCUCGCUAUAGCUAAAAGCAAACUAGUUAAGUUCCACGGCGCCACCAAAUUGUUGUUAAAUGACUUCAUAAGUACUGUUAACCAAAUGUCCACUUCUGGAUUACGUUUGAUCAUAAACAGAGAAGAAAGGGUCAUUUUUGGGACUCUCGUCCUCGUGUCGGCGGAUACACUGGCAGCUCAUGAGUUAGGUCAAUUUAAAGAGGGCGUAGCUUUUGCAUUGAAGUGCUGCAGGCAUUGUAACAUUGAAACUGAAUUUCUCCGUACAACAAUCACUGAGUCCGAGUGCCAUUUACGAGAUACAAUCACACAUAGGGACAGGUGUGUUCAGUUGGAUUCUUUGAAUGGAAAAACAAAAACAUAUUGGAGUAAAAUCUGGGGAAUUAAUGGAACGAGCUGUUUACUAGAUAUAAAUAAUUUUGAAUUCAUUUGGGGUCUAGCCCAAGACCCAAUGCACGUACUUCUAGAAGGUGUCGUGCCAUAUUAUAUGGCCCUGGCUUUAUAUAACUUCAUAUAUGUCGGAAACUUCUUAACUUUGAAUCAGCUUAACAGUAAAUUGUCUACAUUUGAAUAUUCUCAUUUGCACAAUUCAACAAAACCCUGUCAAAUAGAGAAGCAUCAUUUGGACACAAAACUAGCUCUUAAACAAACAUCGUCGUGUAUGUUAACUCUCUGUGAAACGUUACCAAUUAUAAUAGGUCAUUAUAUUCCGGAAAGGAAUCGGAUUUGGGUAAAUUUACUGCGCCUUAUCCAAGUUGUAAUGCUCUGCUCGUCUCCGUAUUGUUCAACGGAGACACCAAAUGUCCUUAGACUGUUAAUAGUAGAAUUUUUAAGCGAAUUUAAAGAACUACAUGGACGAGCACCAUUUAUUCCCAAAAUGCAUUAUAUGCUGCAUUUUCCUAAACAAAUGCGCCAUUAUGGACCACUUCGUCACCACUGGUGCAUGCGAUAUGAGGCCAAACACACCGCUUUUACACAAAGAAAACACAAAAACUUCAAAAACUUGCCAUUUUCUCUGAUUCACCAACACCAGUUGUUUAUGUGCUAUGUCCAGAGUGGCAGUAAUAUUGGGAGACCAGAUAAUUUCCUUUAUGAAGGAGAUAUUGUAGGUAAUGGUGAUAUUUUCAAACUGGCUGAUAAAUAUCCCAAUUUUAUUGACAGAUUUGAUCACAAUGAGACACUUGCCUUCAGUACAAAUAAAGUUAAAAUACAUGGUUUAGAUUAUGCAGUUAAUUCAUGCUCACUAGUAUAUGAAUAUGAUGAAUAUGACAUUCCACGUUUUGGAAUAGUUUCUGAUAUUUUGGUUAUCAAUCACAUAAAAUACUUUGUACUUGAAAUUGCCAGCUCAUUCCUCAACCAGCAUAUAGCGUGCUACAUCUUCAGAAAAAAUGGAUGUUUUUGA